AUGUUCUUUUAUCUAACCACGCUGAACUUGGCAAGGCUCUUGACUAAACCCAAACCCCAUGUUGAUGAAGGGGAUGUGGAUGUUCAAUCUGUGAGCGCGAUGCAUGCUUGGAAUCAUUCGGAUUUCCUGUGCCGCAACUUUAUUUUGAAUGGUUUGGUGGACACAUUGUAUAAUAUGUAUUGCAAAGCAAAGACUGCCAAAGAAUUGUGGGAGUGUUUGGAUCACAAAUACAAAACAGAAGAUGUGGGCACUAAGAAAUUCGUGGUGGCUAAGUUCUUGGACUUUAAAAUGAUAGACUCCAAAACGGUCAUAAGCCAAGUCCAAGAAUUGCAGGUUAUCCUUCAUGAUAUUCAUGCGGAAGGAAUGAUGCUCAGUGAAACAUUCCAAGUUGCUGCAAUGAUCGAAAAACUGCCACCAAGUUGGGUUGAUUUCAAGAACUAUCUCAAGCAUAAGCAAAAGGAGAUGACCAUUGAAGAUCUUGUUGUUCGUCUUCGGAUUGAAGAAGACAACAAAGUGGCCCUAAAAAGGUUGAUGGUCCUGAAACAGUGA